UUCCUGGGGUCAGGGACUCCACGAUCCUUCCAUGUCCAUUUGAUUCCAGGUGAAGGCAUCUGAAGAUGCCGUAUUUCCUGUUGCUUUCUUUCUGUGCAAUGAUGGCAAGCCUGCCAACAACAUCUUCCUAGCGGUGUGAGGAAACUAGUCCCUCAGAGGCCCCAAACAUCGAGGAGGCUAACUCCAGGAACAUGCAUGUUUUCAGAAAAGACGUCCUGGGAACCCUUGAGCCACCAGCCUGCCUUCAGAAGGGCAUUAGUCCGUCCCACUUCAUGAAAGGCUGAGUGGAGGCGCUUUGAUCCAGUUAAUGCCCAAGACACAGUCUUUAGAAAAAUGGUAUUCUUAGAUCAUAGCUCAAGAGUGCAUUUUUCAUGGGUCUUGUCCCGAUCAGCACACACGUUGAGGAUCUGUCCCUACUUCCAAGGACCGCCUGGCCAUACCGUAUUAAGAAUUUCCUGCUGUGUGCACAUUGUCUUUGGAUGUGGUUGAUUUCCAUGUUGGCUUGAUGCUGAGGAACUUCUAAUGUGUGUGGUCUCCUUUCUUUCAGGUUGCAAGCAGGCCAAUGCCGGUCCACACAACCAAUAAGAGGCCACGCGUGGACCCUGCCCUCACUGAUGGCUCAGCUACCAAAAUGUCUGACACGGUAUCCAACUUGGCUUCACUGUCUCCCCUCAGAAAAGCCAGUGCAAGCUCCUCGGCAAGUCUCCGACCAAAGGAACGACAGACAGGGGCAGUGGCCGACAUCCCUCAGCCUGGAGUCAGGCAGCAGGGCCCGCAGCCUCUCGUCGUGGUGAAGCCGACACACAGCAGCCCUCAGGGUGGCUGCCCAGAAGCUCCCCAGGCUGCCUCCAAGCCCCACGGCCUGAUCUGGGUCAUCAGCCCCCAAGCACAAGACAAACGUCCUGCGGUGACCUCACAGCCCUGCUCACCAGCCGACACACACAACUUGGGCCUCGGCUCCAAUCUCAGUUUCAGGCCAGGAGCCAAGAGACCUGCCCAGGCUCCGACUCAGGCUUGCCUGAACUUCCCCAAGAAACCGAGAAUGGGUCCCUUCCAGAUGCCCGAAAAUGCCAUCCAGGGAGGUGAGCUGGGGGCCACGGAGACUCUCCAACCUCCACCAGCUGCAACCGAACUCAGACCAAGUCCGUCACCCCAGAUGAGCAGGAGGACACCCGACCAGGUGCCCAGCAAUGACCAGCAGCCUCCGCACCGCAGACCUUGCCUGCCUACUGCCCAGGCCUGCACCAUGUCCCAUCACCCAGCGGCCAGCCACGAUGGGGCCCAGCCUCUCAGAAUGUUCUUCCAGAGACUGGAAAACGGAUGGUGGAGCUCCAGCCUCCUGACAGCUCCCUCGUUCCCCUCUCCUGAGAAGCUGGGAGCCUUCCUGGCUCACAGCCCUCACGUCUCAGAGAAGUCUGAGGCUCCCUGUGUUCCUGUCCCCCUGAGUGUCCUCUAUGAGGACCUUCAGGUUUCCUCCUCCUCAGAGGACAGCGAUUCUGACCUAGAGUGA